UGUAAAUGGUGGAAUUGUGUACUGUCAUCUGUACUCAUACUGGAAAGAAAGUUUCUAACGAUAUAGUAUUAUCCGAAUGCCACACGAUGGACAGGAUACUUAAAGGGAUCAUGAAGUACAGAAAGUGCCAUCGGGAAGGAAUGGUGAAGCAAUUUCAACAAGUUCGAGAUCACCCCGAGCCGAAAGCAGUGUUCUUUACCUGCAUGGACUCCCGGAUGAUCCCAACUAGAUUUACGGAAACAAACGUUGGGGACAUGUUUGUCGUACGGAAUCCCGGUAAUGUUGUCCCGCAUUCGCAGCAUUUCGUGGACGAAUUUACUAUGUGCGAAUCGGCGGCGCUGGAGCUCGGCUGCGUGGUGAACGACAUAAGGCAUGUCAUAGUCUGCGGCCAUAGCGAUUGCAAAGCGAUGAACUUGCUCUACGCGCUGCGGGACGAGGAAUUUGCAUCUCAAAUGAACAGGAGAAUAUCGCCGCUGAGAGCAUGGCUGUGCGCGCACGCCAGCAGCAGCUUGGCGAAGUUUCAGCAUCUUGAAGUCGCCGGUUUCCACGAGCCGAUUAUCUUUCAGGCCGAGACGCCGCUGCGAAAAUUCGUCGCUUACAUCGAUCCGGAGGAUAAGUUCGCCAUCGAGGACAAGCUGUCGCAAAUUAAUACGUUACAGCAGCUACAGAACAUCGCGUCCUACGGCUUUCUGAAGAAGCGUCUGGAAAGGCACGAUCUGCACAUUCACGCCCUGUGGUUCGACAUCUACACCGGGGAUAUUUACUAUUUCAGCCGUGCCAACAAGAGAUUUGUGGAGAUAAACGAGACGACGGAGCUUGCUCUGCUGAAAGAAAUUACAAAAUAUUACUCGUAGACAUAUUCUUCGGCGACGCACAUUUCUAUUGUCUCGGCACAAUCGCCGAUUAACAUUGCGUUUCCAGAGACACGCACAAAGUAGGUCGCGAGGGAAUAAUCAUAUGUAUAUUUUUAUGUGCUCGGAUCGAGAGAUUUGUGCCUCCCCCGCAAAUCCCGUCGACAUUUCCACGGGGAAUUGCGCGAAUUGUACCAAACGAAAUUCUUGUCUGCUACUAAUUCGUUGCUGAUGUUCAAUGUGAUAUGCUUAAUACACACUAUUAUGUGUAUAACGGACUGCCACGAGACGCGCACAAGGAAGGAACGUUUGUUGUGUUCAGCGUUCUCCAAACAUUCGGUUAACGUUCAGCGAUUCACAGGACUAAUUAGCAGAUUUGCAGAACGGAUUGACGUUAACGUUCCAAUUCUGUCUAAGUACAAUCUAUCGGAUAUAUUAGUUACUAAUUGUUUUUUAAGUGUCUUGUUUUGCUAAAUAUAACCAUUCCUUGCCGAUUGAUUGAUUGAGACACAGGUCGUAAUUGAGAUGUAGCACAUAUAUUAAAUAAAUUUCUGCGAAAUAGAUUUUUUAUUUAUCGUGUUAUGACAAGUUAUGUUUAUAUAGAAUUUAUUUAUGUUAAUAAAAAAAUUUUUUAAAUUUUAAUAAACUAUAUAUAUGUGGAGA